GUGGCCAGCAUGACAAAGCUGCUUCUGGCAAACCAGAGCAGCACAUGGAAACGCCGUUUACCUUCCCGCUGUAGCGGUUCCUAUUUAUCUACUUGCAUUUUGAUGUGCUUUCGAACUGCUAGGUUGGCAGGAGCUGGGACCAAGCAACGGGAGCUCACCCCGUCACAGGGAUUCAAACCGCCGACCUUCUGAUCAGCAAGCCCUAGGCUCAGUGGUUUAACCACAGCGCCACCUGGGUCCCAGACUAACAAUUAGCAAUUAAAUUUCACUGUUCCAUUGCUUCAUCUAGUGUUAUAUAAGCAAGUGAAAAAAUGGCCUGAAAGUAAUUCAUAGGAAUUUAUGGCGGCACGUGGCAAGUCAGUCCUGAUUGGCGUGCCUCCUUGUGGGCCAACCUGCAGCCUGGGAGAAGCCCUGAGGAGCUCUCUUUACCAUCUCUCUUGGUGAAGAGUUCUGGAGCACUCAAAAGCUUGCGUACUAUUUUGUGAUAUUUUGGUUGCCCCAAUAAAGGUCAUGCCCUAUGGAGGAUUUGUGGGUAUGUUUUUCCCUUAACCGCCACCACAGCUACCCUUCCUUUUUGGUGUUGCUUCCUUGGCGGAAGUUAAUGCCCAAUGUUAGCGUUGUACAACAUUGUAGAAAAUUGGUGGGGAGUGACUGGCCCUCCCAAGUGUUGUUCGCCUCCAGCUCCAGACAACGUGACCGAUGGUCAGGGAGGGUGGAAGUUGUAGCCCAGCAACACCUGGGUGGCCAUAUUUGAGACCAUUUUGCUGGUCCAACUUUGCCCAAAGGAGUGGUCGUCUCCACACCUACGCACUUAUCUGCAGAUUGGAUCUCCUGCUUUGAUUAUACUCCUGUACUAAGGUGUGGAUUCCUUGCCCCCCCCUUCCCUUGGAUGCUUUCACUCUCUCAACUGCACUAGAGUCUUGGGGUGGGGUGGGGUGGGGUGGGGAGAGUCUCAAGUCCAGGAAUAUCCUCCUGAGCUCAUUUUCUGGGGUGGGGCAUCUGUGCCCCUCCAAACGUUUCAGGCCUGCAGCUCCUAUUUUCAAGCAUCUGGGGCUGGUGGGAGCCGAAAUCCAGCAGCAACAGGCUCCCUGCCCCUGCCAUAAGCGGUCAUUGUUGUGACCUGAGGAAGCAGCUCAGCCAAAAGGCACUUUUACCAAACCAUUUAAAACAUGACAUGGUCCUGUUUUUGGUUUGAAUUUUAUUUCUUGCUUACACAAAUAUUUGUUUUGUUGGUCCCAGGAUAAAGCUGCAAACAAUGUGAAGCUGGGACUCUUGCACGUCAUGUCCCCCUGCUUGGGUUUGGCAAGCAAGCCAUGUGUCAAUAAGAAGAAUUUCAGGUUGGGUGUCAACAAGCAUUAUGUAAUCAUGGAGAGGAGCAUGAGACUCGAGGCAGAGUCUCCUGGAGUGUCCUGGGAGCUGUUGUGAACAGAUCUUGCAGUGGAAUCUGUGGCAGUUUCAAAAGAUGAAGGCACUGCAGGAUGAAGGCGAAGGGGAGAUGGAGUCGUUGCAACCAAAGGCUUCUGCAGCUCUCAGUUGGGAGAGCUGUCUAAAGCUAACUCCCCACAAAAAUCUGGGGUCAUUGGGUCACCUUCAGGCUGAGAGGAUGCAGUGAUUCUGGACACCGUGCCCAUCCAGAGGCGUCACACGCACGCAUUGUUUUCAACAGUAAAAUGAAAAGGGGCCGAUUGCUAAUGCCAGAUUCAUGCGGUUUUCAAGGUGGCUUAGAAGGGAGAACUUGAAUUUGACAGUGAACCAGGCCAUGGCAAUAGAAGCCCCCUUACUGUAGCCCUUUGUCCGGUCACUAUGAAUGAGGACCUGCUCCAGGAUGACUUCUUGGACCAGCAGGAAAGCUGGUUGCCGGCCAACUUGGCUGCAAUUCAGAACUGGGAAGGCGAUACUCUCGAUGAGCAGAAUGCUACCUGUGAAGAAGCUGCCGCACAGAUGCGUUGUGGUGGAAGUACAGAAAGCAGCUCCAUUGGAAAUGAGUCCAUCGGGACCAGCACUCACGGCCUUGAAUCAAAUAGCAGCUUGGCCAGAAAUCCUGAUGGGCAGGACAGAUCUGUAGGUGGCAGUGGUAGCAGCAGCAGCUGCAGCAGCAAGCUGCUUUGUUGGAACCAAGGUAAUAAUAGAAAGCUGAAGCUGCUAGUCCAGGAAAUGAAACAAUAUCUCCCUGCAGAGCAGGUGGAGAGUUGCGGCAAGGCCAGCACCCUCUGUGCCCUGAACUACGCUCUCAAGUGUGUCCAGCAGAUCCAAGCUGACAACAAAGUUUCCAAGGCUUUUGGUGAGCAUGGAGCACAUCGGACGGAUGCUCCUGUGUAUGGAGUGGAAGAGCUGGCAGCCAUCAUGUCUGAGCACGCCCCCAAAAACACAGACACCUUUGUAGCUGUCUUUUCAUUGCUCUCCGGGCAGACAGUGCAUGUCUCUGAGCAAGCCGCCUCUGUCCUGAAUUGCAAAAGGAAAUGCUUGGAGUCCUGCCGCUUUGCAGAGCUGUUGGCUCCCCAGGAUGUGGGUGUCUUCUACACUCACACCAAUAGGGCUCACCUGCCACUUUGGAACAUGGAGGCCCCCAAAGACUCACUUUAUGAAUAUGCACAAGUGAAGUCCUUUUUCUGCAGAAUAAGGGGAGGCAAAGGGAAACACUACUACCCAUUCCGGAUGACCCCUUAUUUGAUCAACUUCUCUGUCUCUGACGCCAGUGGGACGAUGUCUUGUUGCUUGGCUCUAGCUGAAAAAAUCCACUCUGGCUAUGAAGCUCCUCGAAUUCCUGUAGAAAAGAGGAUUUUCACCACCACCCAUACCCCAGGCUGUCUCUUUCUGGAGGUGGAUGACAGGGCGGUGCCUCUGUUGGGAUACCUGCCCCAGGAUUUGCUUGGGACGUCCAUCUUGCAGUACCUUCACCCAGACGAUCGACCCAUCAUGGUAGCCAUUCAUCGUAAAGUUCUGAAGUUUGCGGGCCGCCCUCCCUUUGAGCACUCGCCCAUCCGAUUUUGUACUCAGAAUGGGGACUACGUCAUCCUGGAUACCAGCUGGUCCAGUUUUGUGAAUCCAUGGAGCCGGAAGGUCGUCUUCAUCGUUGGGCGGCACAAAGUCAGAACGAGCCCUCUGAAUGAAGAUGUCUUUGCAGCAAGAAGCAAGGGGAUGGACAGGGUUGACAAGGAGAUCUGGGAGCUCCAAGGACAGAUCUAUAAGCUGCUUCUGCAACCUGUUUAUAGCAACGGUUCUAGCGGUUACGGAAGCCUUAUUAGCAAUGGAUCUUACGAGCACUACAUCAGUGUGGCAUCUUCCAGUGACUCCAAUGGGAACUGUGCGGAGGAAAUACAGAGAGAACUGAUGUCCUUACAGCAGAUCUUUGUGGAUGCCAACAGACUCAAGAAUGUGGGUCAGCAAGUGUACAUUGAAUCCCACAGUAAGCCUCAAGAGGGGACUCCCAGGGCAGAGCAGCCAGGAGACAAGAAGCCAGGUGCUCCCCCUUCGACUAUCAUUGACCCACCAGCUGAAUCUUGUGAUGCUUUGAGAAGCACCAACCACGUCCUGUCCUAUCAGCAAAUUAACUGUAUGGACAGCAUCAUCAGAUACCUGGAGAGUUGCAACAGUCCCGCCCUGAAAAGGAAGUGUGAGUCCUCUACCAAUGCAUCCUCUUCGUCCUCCGAUGACGACAGGCAAGCUCAGCUAAGCCAGAAUGACAAGCAAAUCUUGGAAGAUGCUGCUGAGCUGCCCUUGGUUGAUUCCCAGCCACCUGCGACGCCCAAGCUGGAAGGCGACAUAGAGCAGCAGUCCCCAGCGAGGGUGGUGGGCGGCGCUGCUGCAAUGACUGAUCUGGCGCUGACUGCCAAAGCAUUGAGUGUGGUGUCCACAACCAGCCAGUGCAGCUACAGCAGCACCCUGGUCCACUUCCCACACCCGGAGUCAGAAGCCAUGGCACUCGAAGAAGCCACUCUGCAAGGUGAGCAGAUGGAGCCAUCGCUGGCCAACCCCAUGCCCAGCGCAACUGGGGCCGGAGCCACCUUGGAGGAAGUCAGGCUAGUGGGGCUGACCAAAGAGGUCUUGUCGGCUCACACGCAGAAGAAGGAGCAGGAAUAUGUGGACCACUUCCGCCAGAGGGCCCUGCUGUCCUCAUACCGGCCAACCUACCUCCAGCAUGGGGCCAGGAGCAGCCAGCCUCCUUCCCAGGACCAAGACGACGUCUCUCCAAAGCAGACCAGGCCAGUGGGCUGGAAAAGGAAGACCAAGCCAGGGAAGUUCAAGCGCCAGAAACCACUGGGCUCCCCCGACAGCAGGAGCGGUGCUUGGGAGGUGGACGCUUCCCAAGGACCCCACUCUGGGGCCCCAAGCUUCACCCUCCCUGCCGAUCCUUAUGCAGCAACGCCUGGUUUCCCUGCUGCCUCUCUGGAAGGAAGCCCUGUCUUGCCGCCUUCUGCCACUGCAGCAACUGUAGCCACCCCACUUUACCUGCCCUGCAGCAUCCAGCCCCUCCCAGCAUCCCCUGCUCCAUACAUGGGCGGCUUCAUGACUGUCCUCUUUCAGAAUUUCCCAGCAUAUCCUCCGCCACCACCGCUUCUUUCCCCCCCUCCGCCUUCCUUCCCUGCGCAACUCUUCCCCUGCCCCUCUGCUGCCUCCUACCCCUGCCCUGUGAUGCCCCCGCACCCUCCUUCCACUCUCCCCAUGGCAGCGCCAGGCCCCAUGGAGCACCCUUCGCCCCCCUCCACCCCAGUGUCUGCUGCCGAGGAAGAACAGCCUGCAUCCUCGGGGGACCUGCCCCACCAGAGACUCUUCAGCAACUCCCGGAGCAGCUCCCCUCUGCAGCUGGACCUGCUUCAAGAAGAGCUGCCCAAACCACUGGAGCUGUCCGGCACAGCACAGGCCCCCCUGGCAGGCACAGGGGCCAUGUGUGAUGAGGAUGGGGAGGACAGCGUGAACAAUGACAGCCACUCCAUCUCCAGGGAGCUCUUUGACCUUUUGCUACUGGAAGAUUCCCAGUCUGGAAGUAGCUCAGCGGCCUCUGUCAGUGGGUCUGCUGAGUCCAGCUCCUUGGUCUCUGGGUCCAAUGGCUCCAGCUCCAACGAAACAUCUGGUUGUGGCACAGGCAGCGGAAACAGCAGCAAAUACUUUGCCAGCAAUGAUUCCUCCGAGGUCUCAAAAAGGGGAAAGAACGGCCAAGAAGGAGGUGAAGAGGCGGAACGGCCACUGCGGCCAACCAGGUUGGUGUGGAGGACAGUGAAUAGUUUGCCAGAGCCAAUCCAGAUGACCUACCAAAUGCCAAAGCGAAUUGCAGAGGAGGUGCUGAAAGAGGACCUGGAGAAGCUGGCCACCCUGGAGAGCAAGCAGCCCUGUUUCUCGGAAGCGCAGAAGGAGGAGCUGGCAGAGGUCCACCCCUGGAUUCGCACCCAGACCAUCCCCCAAGAAAUUGACACCCAAGGCUGCAUCAUGUGUGACAACAGGAAUGCCGGCUUGAAUGUCGUUGCUGGGCUGGAGGACAGAGAUCCUCAAGAGGAGGACAGCAAGGACCUUGAUGAGACACCGCUGCUUCCACCACAGGCACCGCCCUAGAGAAGUCAGCCCUUCCUGUGCACUUGGCCCAGCUCAUCUUUCCCCCUGGCUGUCCAAAAUGUUGCUUCCAAAGGCUCACCCCUCACACCACCCCAAAAUUUCUGAAAUUACAGCAACUAAUAGUUGGUUCUUGUUUGGGACGAAGCGGCAAGGGCCCCUCUAUAAAUGACCAGUUGGUUCCCAGAAUCCAUGAGUAGUCAGGUGCGCCUGUGCUCAUUAUACACACACACACACACUUUUCACCAAUAGGGCUUCCCCAUUGGAGCUGGAUUAAAGCCUGGAGAUCAUCUGGCCAGAUCUCCUCUAGUCCUUCCUUUUCAUGGCAGAGAGCCAGAUUUUCCUCUCUCCCACCCCUGGAGGGCCGCCCACUUGAUGUCAUAGUGGCGUCAGGUGAUGCUUUUCUGUUUGAAGCCAACUGCGGGACUUUCAGGCAGCUCUUUGUAGACGAUGCUCUACUACUUUUGUUGAAUCAAUGUUGGCCCGCCAAGGAAUAUAUUAGGGUUAUCGUCGUUGAGGGCUGUCAGAUUUUUCAGAAGUAGAAAUAGCAUUUUAAACUGACAAAAUUCUCCUCCUGGAGUUCCCUUAUUUCUGCCUUUGAAUUACACCCUGGAUCUGCCUUCUUUUGGCUACUUUUUGGCUAGCCAGGAAAGGAAGGGAGAGUCAUUUUUCCCUUCCUUGGGAAUCACUUUUUUAAAAGACGAAAAAGUUGUCACCAACUAAGUUUUCUUCAGAGUAGCCCAUUCAUGCACCUAACGUAGCCAGGACAUUUUAACUUCUGUGGACCUUUUGAGUAGGACUCAUGUGCUACAACCCAGUAUAUAUAAAGUUGAUCCUGCUGAUAGAGACCAUGUCACCUGCAGCAGCUCAGGAGGAUUUGCUCUAGGAAUGGGACACACACACACACACACACACACACACACACACCAUUGCAAGCCACAAUGUAGAAUAUAUACUGCCAAUUGGUUAUCAGUGGGAUUUAUAAACUGGCUUUGGGGCAAUAAACUUGUUUGUAUCAUGCUUUUCAAUAUGUGCAUUUUUAAAAGGUGACCUGUUUGUGCGUGAGAUGGGGAGAAUUUUUCUCUUUUGGAAACAAAAUAAAAUGUGAAAAUCUU